CGGAGUACAUCAACAAACUGCUCUAUCCCCACUCGUGGUAGUAGUGAGCAGGGGUAACUAGUCCAUGCAUUUAGCUUUACAUUAGGCUAAAUCGAUUUUUAGAGAUUUGAUGUUAUGUCGUCUCUGUUCUCAUAAGCAUGAUUUUGGUUGAAUCUGGUCUUUAUAUUGGGGCUGCCUCGGACCUCAAAGACCUCUCAAACGUAUCAAGUCAGGGUAUCACUCAUAUUCUCACUGUGGACUCGGAACAAGUAGAUUUGCCGCCUCAGUUCAUCACCAAAUAUGUACGGGCCCUUGACGAUUCGACCACUGAUCUUCUGAGUAAAUUCGACGAGUGCGUUCAAUUUAUCGACAUCGGGAAGGAACCCUCGUUUUCAGUACUUGUUCACUGUCAUGCAGGGCAAAGUCGGAGUGCUGCGGUGGUGGCAGCAUACCUCAUGAAAACUCACAGGAUAACUCUUGAAAAAGCUCAAAGUAAACUCAUUCAGGUUAAACCUGAUGUGAAGAUAAACGAGAAUUUCCUGGAUCAGUUAACAUUGUUCGAGUCGUUUGGAUACGUAGUGGACUUCUCCUCGCCACAGUACAAACAAUUCAGAUUAAAAAAUCUGACGGAACGGUACUCAGAUUUGAAAGAUUUGCCAAAAGAGGUCUUUGCUGCAGAUCCUGGACAAAGCCAAAACACAGAGAUUUCCUACAGAUGUAGGAAGUGCAGGCGCACACUCUUCUGUGGUUCCAGUAUUCUCAGCCAUGAUGUGGGUAACGGCCCAAAUGCUUUUCCCCACAAGAAGCCUGCAGGCCCUGGCGUUGGACACCACACGAGCUGCACCUCCUACUUUAUUGAACCAGUGCGGUGGAUGGAGGACGCCCUGCUGGGAGUCAUGGAUGGACAGCUCCUGUGUCCAAAGUGCACCUCCAAGCUGGGCUCCUUCAACUGGUAUGGGGAGCAGUGCUCCUGUGGCCGCUGGGUGACUCCUGCCUUCCAGAUGCACAAGAACAGAGUGGACGAAAUCAAGCACAUCAACAUACCUACUCUUAAGUGAUGGACCGGGAGAGUGUCAGGGAAUUUCAAAUCACAGCUUUGUGACAGUAAAUCCUAUGUGUGAACUUUGACCAAAGUGGUGCAAUUUAAAACGGUUUCCCUUGGAUAAGAAUCAUAAUUAUCAUCCACAUGUUUUAUACUGCGUUUUUACACCUUGAUGAUUUUUUUCCUAAAUCUACCCUCAGAAUGAAUAGACUACCUUCUCCCAAUGUUCUGAUAUUUUUUGCAACACAUUUCAUAACCACAAGGGGUCAUUGAAGGCAUGAGAGAACAGCUCCACUGACACAGUACUACAUUCUCAAAUUAUGGAAAAUCUAAAAAUGCCAACCUCUAUUUUGUGCAUUUGUGUACUGUUUAAGUACACUACAACGAUACAAAUAUGUAAGUACUCUGUUUAUUUGUACACUUUGUAUAAAAAAUGAACAUCUGGGGGAAAAAAGUGUUUCUCAUACACAUAUUUCACCUUUCUCUGUAGAAUUAAACUGCAUUUACAAUGA